GGUGGAGAGAGUGUCAGAUGACAGCAGAGCCCUGCCUAGUUCCUCAGGAAAUGUUUGCCUGUCAGCUUAGAGUUCUCACCCUUCCUGUGCUGAGGCUUACACCAGAAGGCACGAAACAUUUCAGAAGAUCCAAAAUAUAAGGUACAACCACUGCAAAGGAGAAGUCACUUCCAAAUUUUGUCCCUUUCUUCUCCUCUCCCAACUCCAAAGGAGUCUGGUGGUGGGGGUGAAGGUGAGGGUGAAAUCUGAUUUGACUGUCUUAGUGAAAUCCUUCCAAAAGACCGCUCACCUGUCUGAGGGUUACCUCCAGGUUGAAGAUUUCAAAACCUGUGGAGGAAGCCAAUCACAGGCAAAGGUGAGGGGCUGUGCAAAGUUGGACAACUUCAUUUUUAGAUCUGCAGCUUCUUGAGAAAAGCUAUGUCCUCAACAACAAUCAUUCGAAAGAUAAAAGCGAUUGCUACCUGCUCCAUGUGCAAGAAAGUGAUGUUGGACCCAGUAAGCAUCAGCUGUGGACACAGCUACUGUAGACGCUGUAUCAGGCAUUUCUGUAAAAACCAAACAAUAAAUGCCGAGUGGAGUGGUCCAGUGCUCUGCCCUCUCUGUCUUAAGCCAAUUAAGGUAAAAAACAUAUAUGACAACAAGCAGCUAGCAAGUCUCAUUGAACUAAUCAGUGAGGUAGAGAAGACCAAGGAGACAGAGGAGACAGAGCGGGAGCGGGUGUGUGAGGCCCAUAAAGAGCGGCUCCAGCUCUUCUGUGAGGAUGAUGGCCAGCUCAUCUGCUGGCGCUGUGAGCGGACACCACAGCACCGAGGACAUGCCACAGAGCUGGUAGAAGACGUGUACCAGGGCUAUAAGGAGAAGCUAGAGGAAGCUGCCAGAAAUUUGAAUGAACUUCAACAGGAAUGUACAAAUGAGACAAAGUGGGUAACAACACAAAUAAAUUAUUGGAAGCAGGAGGUAGAGACUCAGAAACAAAAAAUCAAGUCUGAUUUCAAGCGUCUGCAGACUUUUCUACAUGAAGAAGAGAAGUUGUAUCUCUGGAGGCUGGAGAAGGAAGAAGAGCAGAUGCUGAGGAGACUGAGGGAGAGUGAGGCCAACCUGGAGCAGAAGAGCGAGGAGCUCAAGAGCCACAUCCUGGAACUGAAGGCAAAAUGUCAGGGCUCAGCCCAGAACCUGCUGCAGGAUGUGAAAGAAACCUUGAGCAGGACUUGGGCUGUGAAGCUGGAGGCUCCUGAGGUCUUUAACUUGGAGGUUCAUACUUCAUGCAGUGUCGCUGAGCUUUACUUGGAUGUGAAAACAAUGUUAAGACGUCAUCAAGGUAUAAGAGAGAGCUCAGGGCUCUCUCAGUGCUGCUAUGGGAGGAUUGUCAAUGUGACUGGGGAUCCGGAUACAGCUCAUCCUGCCCUAACUCUGUCUGAAGAGCAAAGACAAGUGUCUGAGGGAAGUAGCCAGCAGAAUCCUGAAGUUUGUUCCGGGAGAAUCACCGCUUUCCCCCAUGUCAUGGGCUGUGAGGGCUUCACCUCGGGAAGACACUUCUUUGAAGUGGAUGUUGGAGAAGGAACAGCUUGGGAUGUGGGGGUUUGUCUGAACAAUGUGGAGCUGGUCCUCAGCAUGAAGCAGGAGGCUGAGUUUGAAUCCUGGACCAUCCGACGGUGCACAGAAGGCAGUUACAUAGCACUGACCUCUCCCACUACUGCUCUUGAGCUAUUUGAGCAGCCCCAAGUGGUGGGGAUUGUUCUGGACUAUGAGGCUGGAGUUGUGUCCUUCUACAACAUGACCACUGGCUCCCACAUCUUCACCUUCCCCAAGGCUUCCUUCUCUGGUACUCUGCGGCCCUAUUUCCAGGUUUAUCAGCAUUCGCCUUUGUUCCUGCCUCUAACUUGUGAGUAGGGAAAGGAGAAAAGUUUCCUUGGCUUGAAAAUAUGGGAAUCUGUUUACUGCUGAGACAAACAUUGAAGGAUAAGCAAGGAGUCAGAAGUGGAAGAGGACAACUUGGGACCCAGCUGAAGUCAGAAGACGCAAAGAGCUUUAGGGGAAGACACCACCUGCAUCUCACUGGAGUGCCCUGGACAGGAGGGGGUCUGGAGACACUCAAAUGCUCAAGGUCCCAUCACUUGCCCAGCCCUACACUGCCUUGACCUUGUCUGGCUUCAAGACACUGCCACAACUUAUCCCACCCUGAUCCUGUCUCCAUUCAGCUCUAAACCCAUCCUUUCCUGCCCUGCUUUGUCCCUGCCCCUUCUUUGUGAACAUUAAGGAGCCUGCAGUCCACACAUUGUGUACAGUGGAGAGUGCUUGGCUAUUCUCAGGUGACCCUGUGUCCUUUCCUCAGUUUUCACUGAUAUUCUAAGGCCAGGGAGGCAUAGGGAAGGCUGGUAUAAAAUCUGAGACUCACUUGAUCUCAGCCUAAAGUUGUGUCUAACUGUAAAAGCACAAAAACAAUGCAAUUGAACUAUGUACACUCAGCUUGCCAUUACUGAAGUUUAACAUGUGACUAUAUUUGCUCCAGACAUUGUUUACAGAACUAAAAUGACACCAAAGAAAGAUUUCAUCUCCCAAGCCUUAUGGAUGUGAAGUUUUCUCAGUGUGUGUUUUCAUUAGAAAUAUCUUAGUAAGUUGCCCACAUGUUAAAUGCAGUAUGACAUGCUCUGAGUGGAUGGUCAAGGAAAGGCAAGUUGGUAUCUAUCCAUUGCUUUUGCUCUGGCUUUUGUAUGUGAUCUCUCCUCACCUGCUUUUCCUUGAGAUAGCACUGAUUUUGUUUCAGCUCUGUAGAUUCUCACAGUGGAGCCCAUGGCAUAGAAUGAAGCUCUGUGGACCCACAGCACAUGGUAAAUUGCUCCAUGGAUGGACACACCUGUGUGCUGCUCAGUAUGGACUGGAGAAUUGCUGGGUCCCCAUGUCAUCUACACUGCUUCUCCCUCCUGGACUCAGGAGACUUUUAAGACUCCCCGACAUAGUUUUGUGUGUUUUCCUUAACUCUGAUGGUCCUGAGUGCUCCUCUGGGAAAUGACCAUCUCUCCUCCAGUGGCGCUUUUCUCCCUGUCCACAAGGAGCCUGAAGUUCUUCAGAAGUAACUGAGUGCCACCAUGUAUUCUUGUAUCAUGCUUGAGAACUGACCAUCCAUGGUGUUGUCCAGCACUUUAAUGAGUGCCAGCCAAGUAGGAGUAAGUGAUAAGUGAUUUUUGCUUUUUUUUGCCCAUUGUUUUCUGUUACUAUGAGCUGUAAAUUUCAUUAAAUAACUGUUAGCAUUUGGAUUUCCAUGUCUAUAUUCUGCUACAAUAUAUAUUUUAUCAAAUUGUCUUAGUGUGUUGUAUUUUAUUACUAAAUUUAAAAUGAUAUAAUCUUUGGAUAUUAAUCAUUCAUUGUAUCUCAAUAGUUUAUAUACCUUCACAGGAAUAUGUUAGUGGUGUAGAUCAUUAGCUGAAGAGAAAACUUUUCAUGUAAUAAAAUUAUUAAUUUUUAUGUAA